AUGGCGGAAUCGGAGACAGGGACGCCGACGGCGGCGUCUGUGCCGGCGACGCCAGAUACUCCGGGAGGACCGCUGUUCACGUCGCUGCGAGUGGACUCACUAUCGCAUCAGCGUGACUCGUUCACUAAGGCUCGAUGCAAGUGUUUGCCAACUAAAGGAGACACCUGCUUCACUGAAUUCUCCGUUGGUGGCGUUUCACUGCCCAAUGUUUCUCUCACCCAAAAGGUUGGAGCAGAGUUUGUGGGGACUUUCAUAUUGAUAUUUGCAGCAACGGCGGGGCCAAUAGUGAACAACAAGUACAAUGGAGUGGAGACUCUGAUGGGAAAUGCAGCAUGUGCAGGGUUAACAGUGAUGUUCGUUAUCCUCUCCAUUGGCCACAUUUCAGGUGCACAUCUCAACCCAUCCCUCACCAUUGCCUUCGCAGCCUUCCGCCACUUCCCUUGGACCCAUGUCCCUGCCUACAUAGCAGCCCAAGUCUCUGCCUCCAUCUGUGCCUGUUUCGCUCUCAAAGGUGUUUACCACCCUUUCCUCUCCGGUGGGGUCACUGUCCCUUCUGUCAGCGUUGGCCAGGCCUUUGCAACUGAGUUCAUCAUCACUUUCAAUCUCUUGUUUGUCGUCACUGCUGUUGCCACUGACACUCGUGCGGUUGGUGAAUUGGCUGGCAUUGCUGUUGGGGCUACAGUUUUGCUCAACAUUCUCAUAUCAGGGCCAACGAGUGGUGGUUCGAUGAAUCCGGUGCGUACGUUAGGGCCAGCCGUUGCAGCAGGAAAUUACAAGCACAUAUGGAUCUAUUUGGUGGCUCCGACGCUGGGUGCUCUCGCCGGUGCCGGGGUUUACACACUCGUCAAGCUGCGUGAGAACGAGGCUGAACCACCGCGACAGGUUAGGAGUUUCCGUCGGUAG